AUGAACAAGUGUAUCUUUGUCGACAACUCCUGCGGACUUUCUAUUCGCGACAUACCAGAACCGUAUCAUCCCAAAGAUGGCCAAGCCCUGGUCAAAGUCGAAUACUCAGGCAUCAAUCCAGCCGAUCUCAAUCACCCAAAGGAUCUGGGCAUGAAGAACAACGUAUGCGGCUAUGAAAUCUGUGGUACUGUCAUAGAAGCUGGAAGGACUAGUCGCUACGCAGUAGGGGACGUUGUCUUUGGAUCCAAUCACCCAGGACGUUCUAAGCCAGGAUAUCAUGGCGGUCAUCAAGACUUUGCCAUUGUGGAGUCAAACUUGAUGUCUGUCAAGUUACACCCUCAGCUCCCUCGGCCAGAUGCUGCUGCUCUCAGUAUCAUGGUGCGCUCAGCAGCAGAUGCGUUGCUAAAUCACUUCGAGAUCCCGUUUCAUGCUAUAGGUAUUUACGGGCCACCUCCUACUGGCGCUUUGUUGGUUUGGGGCGGUGCGAGCAGCGUCGGCUGCGCAGCAAUACAGCUUGCAAAGGCUAUGGGAGUGAAAUGGAUAUUCACGACUGCUUCGCCUGCCAAUCACAAGACUCUCCUCGAGCUCGGCGCAACAAAAUGUUUCAACUAUCAAGACCCGAAUGUCGUUGAUGCAGUCAAGACUGCAUGUGAAGAAGCCGGUGCCACCAUAAGAUAUGUUCUAGACACUGUAUGCAAGACAAGCAGUCCUGGAACCAUUCAGCAGUGCGAGUCCAUCUCUACAGUACCAGAUGUCACAUUCGUCAGUACCCUUCCCCAAUUCACCAAGCCGCCACGAUGGAGAAUGAUUCUCGCUUCGAGGGAAGUCGACAAUCCUGUCCCGUUCGAGUUUCCUGGGGGUAAUAAAGCAAAUCCGGUAUGGGAGGCUCGUCUAGAGAGGACGGUCGUUUGGGCGGCAAAGAACUACGGGACACUAUUCCGGAUCCCCAAUAUUGCUAUCGUGGAAGGGGCCGAGAAGGGAAUACAGGCUAUCAAAGACGUGAACAAAGGGAAGGUCAGCUUGACCAAGGUUGUCAUCAAGCACCCGCUUUAG